AUAGAAUAGGCAUUUAGAGUUAUUUCCCUUGUCUUGCAUCAUGCCUUUGGUGUCAUGUCUUGUGUAUGUGUAAGAACGAUAUAAACAAAACUGACCAAACGAAGCCAACUACCAAGAUGACGACACCAGAAUGGUCGCAUUGUCCACAAUGUCUGCAAUGUCCACUUCGACAAGCUUCAGAGUCUACAUCAGCCAAGUCUGAGUCCGGUUUCGUUGCCGCUAUUCUUGUCUGGCUCAACAAACCCCACGUUGUCAACCGACGCUUGAUCGGUUCACGGUUGAUCGCCACAUUUUCUUACCCUCGUAUUAAGACGAGGGAAGAAACCCGAAAAUUCCUGGAUACUGUAAAGAACAGAUUCGUCCAUUCAACACGCUGGACUGGCGAAUCCUCUGUUCAAAGAGGCAUUGAAAAACGGCAAGACAAUGUUGAUUUUACGAACGAAGAGGCUGUGGGAAUUGAACAUCAUACGAACGAAAACAAUGUUACAUGGGAGAAAAGUAAACACUUUACAGAAAAAGAUGUUACACGUGGAUUAAAUGGGCACCAUUCAAAUGACGAUAAUGUUGAAGAUCAUUUCACCGAUGUGCAGAUCGAAGACCUUAUCACGUCCCCGGAAGAUCUGGUUGUUUUCGUUCGGGACUUGCUACCGAGAAAUCUGGAUUUACAUCAAAUCCUACGGGAAGUGAUUACCUACGAUCAACAACAUCAAGAAUUCCAUUUUUAUCCAAUUGCCCGGUUUGAUAAAGAAGGUGCUUGCCUCUCUGUUGACAAUGAUAUGCCAUACAGUUUCAUGUUUUUGGCAUCAGACUCAGGCAACAGGAUUGAACUUAAAAUCUGCAAAGCUAUAAAAGAUGAUCCUUCACUGGCUUCAAUGACUUAUUUCUGGUUAGAGAAGCGUCUCUUAUGUAAAGUAGCUCGCUGGUCUGGAGCAGAAACCUUGCGUACUGAUACAUUGUCACUCAGAACUGUAUCAGUUGAAGCCUACAACCAGCUCUACAACCAACUAAAAGCUAAAUAUGGUCCUAAGCUGAUUGAGGAAUGGCCAGAAAGAACUGACCCCAAGAAGUUCGUCUAUGAAGAUAUUGCCAUUGCUACAUUUCUUUUGCUUCUCUGGGAAAAAGAACGUCAAGAGACAAAGUGUGAGAAGCAGACUUUUGUUGAUCUUGGUUGUGGUAAUGGACUUCUUGUUCAUCUGCUCACUUCAGAAGGGCAUUCAGGUCUCGGCAUUGAUAUCCAAAAACGGAAGAUUUGGGACAUGUAUGGUGAUGCAACCAGACUUGAGUUAAGGGCUUUGACACCAUCAGCUGACUCCUUAUUUCCAGAAUAUGAUUGGAUAAUUGGUAACCAUAGUGAUGAGUUGACUCCAUGGAUACCAGUUAUAGCAGCCAGGUCUAAAUACAAUUGCCGGUUUUUUGUACUGCCAUGCUGUCUGUACAAUUUUGAUAGCAAAUACAAUGAGAAGACUACAGGCUUGACCAGUUAUCGAACAUACUUGAAUUAUGUCAAAAAAAUUAUUACAGUGUGUGGCUUUCAAGUUGAAGAAGAUGUACUCCGAAUACCAUCAACCAAGCAAAUUUGCUUGUAUGGGAAAACACGAACAUAUUCUCAAUCAGAAGAAUCAGAAGUUGAUAAAAGAAUAACAGAAUUUAUAGAAAAUCAAUGUUCAAAGAACAAAUUAUUACAUAACAAAAGUGAAGAUUCCAAUCCAAUGCCUGCAGAUUUGAUGAAUAUGAAAGAUGCUAAUACUUGGUCUGACAACUUUAAGCCUAGACUGACUCAAAAAACAUCUGGGAUGUGCAAGUCAGUUCCCUGGAACAUUAAAAUUGAUGUUGUUAAUGUGGUUGUAGAAAAGAUUUUAGCAGCUGAUGACAGCAAGUUUAUCAAUCUUCCAGAUGGAAGAGUGUGGCACAAGGGAGGGGAAAUACCACUUCCAAAGAUUGCUCAACUUCUAAAUCAAGACACUCUGAACUAUCUGAAGACAGAAAAUGGCGGUCUGCAGACACUUCUGCGCAACUUCAGCCAUAUUUUCUAUGUGGUUUCUAGUACAGUACGGCUGAGGGAUUACACACAACCAUGGCAACAGAGGAGGAAAGUGAAGCAGAAAAACACUGCCAGAUCUUACAAGACUUCACUCUGCUGGUUUCAUCAAAACCAUCCAGAUGGUUGCCCUGUCAGCAGAGAAGAGUGUAACUUUGCACAUGGAGAAGAAGAACUGAGAGAAAAGACACAUCACUGAGAUAUUGAGAAGAGGAAAUUCAGAGAAAGAACAUUUUCCCAUCUUACUGUGUGUGAGUGUGUGUGAGUGUGUGUGAGUGUGUGUGAGAGAGAGUGAGUGUUUUAAAUUAAUUUAAAUAAAUUUUUGAUUUUUCUA